GCCUGUGCGCCUGCGCGCGGAGCUGGCUCGGAGGAAGGUGGGGGCAGAGGGAGCCCCGGUCCGCCCUUCCCGCUAGCGGGGCGCGGGAUGCCGCGAGGGGCGCGGAGCCAGGACCCCGGGCGCGGAAAGACAGCGGGCAGGCGGGAGGGCUGCCGGCGGGCGGGCGACCGAGGGAAGCGCCCGGGAGGUUGUGGGGGCGGAGGUUGAGCAAGCCAGGGAUUGUCGGAGGAAGUGCCCAAGUUUACAACACGCGCCUAAUAAACAACUCGGUGACCUCAGGCCACCAGCCUAAUGCUUGCUUCUCUAUUGGGUUGACUUCGUUUUUAUUGGGCUUAUACCUUUGGAAAUUACAGGGAGUAUAGGAUAAGAUUGAGAUGUAAAGAGUCAGGAAAAUAAUUUCUUUGUAAGCUCUACCUAGUUUUAAAACUAGUCUUAUCAGUUGUCUUUUUUUGUGCCUUAACACGCCUGGUGAGAUUAUAAAGUAGCCAAUUUUAUUCAUAUAUGACAGGUAAUCUCUCUGCCCAUCCCUCAGUAAGCGACGACUAAAGAUUAUGUUAAGGGAGGAAGAUUUGUGUCCUGCAGUGUCCCAGAGCCAUCUCCUGUGAGGUGGGCUGGAGGAAGGGUGAGCGAGGGAGAGUGGAGUUGUUGCUCUCUUGGCCAGCCCUUUUUCUUGAUACACAAACCCUGAAGCCCAACAGUUUGGCUUGUUUGGGUUGGGAAAUGAGUCACAAGGAAUGCAAUCAAAGGACGCCCUGUCAAGUUCACGUUCCUGGACUGCCUCGGAAAUCAGAUGAGGUCAUCUUGCGACCAGAAGGGCCGUGGGAUGGGCAGGAGGCGUGAACUGACCUAGUACCCAAGCCUGACAAGAGCCGCACAGAGCCACUCCUGAAACUUCGACCUUUCUGCGUGGGGAAGGCAAGAGUGGAAAGAAAGAACAGAACUAGAAAACGAGGAGAAGCAGAAACGAAGCUAGGGCUACACGAGAUCAGGCUAGGGUCAAGGGCAGGCAGCAGGCGCCCCGUGCCAGAGCACGUGCUGUAAGCCGCUCCAGCACCACGGACCAAAACAAAUCGGCUCGGCCCGGCCCCGCGCGUCACGUGACCCAGGAGCACUGUUUCCGGGCAAGGCGGCGCGGCGCUGCGACUCUUUCCGGGGGUGACUGCAGACCUCUCAGCUCUGCUGUGUGCUUUCCCUUGGAGGGCGCCUCACGGUAACCAUGGCAGCGGGCACCCAGGAGAGCCCUCUCUUGGCCCUGGCAGCUGGAGCUGCCCGGAACAAAGGUGAAUAUGUCAAACCUUUUACACCAGAGAAAGCAAAAGGAAUUAUAAUGUCUUUACAGCAACCUGCAGUCUUCUGUAACAUGGUUUCUGACUGGCCUUCGAGACACUGGACGGCUGCACACCUUUCUGAGGUCCUUCAUGGCAAGCAGAUUCGAUUCAGAAUGGGAAUGAAGAACACAGACACAGUUCCUCAGUUUGAAACCACGUGUAAUUAUGUGGAAGCUACACUUGAAGAGUUUCUGACCUGGAACUGUGACCAAUCUAGUAUUUCUGGACCAUUUAGAGAUUAUGAUCAUUCCAAAUUCUGGGCUUAUGCUGAUUAUAAAUAUUUUGUCAACCUAUUUGAAGACAAUUCAGAUGUUUUUCAGGAUGUGCUGUGGUCUGACUUCGGGUUUCCUGGGAGAGACGGCCAGGAAAGUACACUGUGGAUCGGCUCCCUGGGCGCACAUACCCCCUGUCACCUGGACACCUAUGGUUGUAACUUAGUCUUCCAGGUGCAAGGAAGGAAAGAAUGGCAUCUCUUUCCUCCUGAAGAUACACCUUUCCUUUAUCCAACUAGAAUUCCUUAUGAAGAAUCUAGCGUGUUCAGUAAAACCAAUGUUGUCAAUCCAGAUUUAAAGUGUUUUCCUCGAUUCCAGAAAGCUCGAAGGCAUAUGGUCACACUGAGCCCAGGACAGGUCCUCUUUGUUCCCAGACACUGGUGGCAUUAUGUAGAAUCCAUUGAUCCUGUCACUGUCAGUAUAAACUCAUGGAUUGAGCUGGAAGAGGACCACCUAGCCCGGGUGGAAGAGGCAGUAACUCGUAUGGUUGUAUGUGCACUGAAAACUUCCGAGGAUCCACACAGCACCCGAGCUUGGUUAAACCCCACCGAGGUUGAGGCAACAUCCCAUGAAGUCAACUGUCGCUACUUAAAUGGAGCUGUUUCUGCCUUUUUUGAUCAUCACAGAACACCCAAGGCAGUAGAAAUUCAAGCACUGAAAACAAAUAGGGAGAAUGUGGAAAAGAAAGAAUUAAAUGUGUCCAGCCACAUGGAGGUGGCCCAAACACACAACCAGGACUUAAGCCUGGCACCUGGAAAACAGGAUGCAGUGAGCCUCUUUGGCCCUGAUCUGUUCCCUGUAACACCAGGACCUAAAGAAGAACACCCUUCAGAAAGAGGUGGCAUAUUUGAAAAAGAUGGUAAAGAACUGGUUGACAAAGAUGGAGAAUACUUCGCAAAAUCCUGCUGUGCCAGGAGGCAACAAAUGAGUAAAAGUGAAAAUGUGGUGGAACAGACUGCUUCAAAUAGUACUCCAGGCCUAUCUCAGGCAUUCAUUUCUACAGAUGAUUUGCUGGACUGCUUGGUGAAUCCACAGGUAACCAGAAUGGUAGCGCAACUUUUGAUACAGGGGAAAAGCUUGUGAUUCUCAUAGAAGGCAACUUUUUAAAUAACAUUUAAAAUAUAUAUUUGUAAAAUACAGUAUGAUUUUAAAAUAAAAGAUGUAACAGCAGAAGGUCAACCUGCACGUUUAUAAGUUCUUACCUAAUUAAAUUUCAGUCUGUUGCCACCUC